GUCAACAGAAAUGGCGGGGAGCAGUGAACAGUGAAGGAUUCAUGACUGAUUCAUGACCAUGUUUCUGAGUCGGUUCGACGGCCAGUCGAAGCUGCUGCUCCGCUCGCUGAUGUCCGGAGCCUCCGGUGUCCACAGGGCGGUCGACGUGUUCCAUAGGCAGCAGCGAUCGAACCCGGAAAUGUCCCUGUCUCACUUUAUAGAGAAACUGUGUGAAGACGAGGUCACCAGCUCACAGACUGGAGAGCAGCCCCUGUCUGUUAAACCUCUGGUGAGCCUGUUUCCAGCAUCGCUCAAACAAAACCUGCUGUCCUUCGUCUAUCUGAUCCACUCGGUUCUUCCUCAGACCUCCGUUCUGCGUCUGCUCAAGUGCCUCAGCCAGGACCCUCAUCCCAACCCCUGGACCUCCGCUCUGUGCAGACAGAUUAGGAGAAGUGUGGGCGUGCACGAUGAGGAGCCUCUGUACACUCCCCUGUGCAGCCAGAGACUGAAGGAGCUCUCUCAGUGUUUGGUUGUUUGCGGUGAGACCGGAGGUUGGGCCAAGUGCCUCAGCGAUCAAACGGUGGAAUCUGGUUCUCAGAGUGCAUCUAGUUUGUCGGAGCUGGGCACACAGAGGAAAAGGAAAGUGAGUUUAGUCACUGUGGACUCAGGCGAUGAAGAGACGGGACAGCAGAGUAAACGGAUAAGGAUGGAUGUCUGUGGCAGUGAGCAGAAGGCAGAAGAACAGGACGUAAACAAGGAGACAUCAGAAAGGUUAGAAAGAGAAACUCCUGCUGAAGAACUGCAGCCAGCACCGGACUGUCAGUCUGAAUCCCUGCCUGAACACAUAAAGGUUUCUGUUCUUCAAAUAAAAGAAUUACUGGAAAGUCAUACGGAGUGGGACCAGAGCUCGAUGGAUGUGUUCAAAGUGCUGAAUGACUGCGAUCCUGCCCAAGUGGAGGUGUUAUGCAGCACGCUGAGUUUGCCUGACGUCCCUGAGCCGACUCUGCCUAAACUGUGCAGCAGUGUUCUGACUCUCUCUGCUGACCUCAGCUACAGCACGGCCGCAGCAAUCAUCAAGAGCCUCCUGCUAGAGAAGGUGCUGUCCCUGUCAGAACCGGCCUCCAGGUGCCUGGUCACUGCAGUAACGUCGCUGUGCGUCCGCUAUCCCAGACCAAUGUGCCACGCUCUAAUCGGACCAAUUCUAAAGGAGAAGAACAUAGGGAAUCCACAGGCGGAGCUGCUGAACCGACUGAUAGAGGGCUGUCUGGAUUCUCAUUACAGACUCCUGCUGCUUCAAAUGACAUUCAAAGUUGCGUGGAGUGAGGCGGUGCUCUCUGUUAUCCACAGCUUGCUCGAGUCCAAGCCUGACUUGAAUGAAGAAGUGUUCACACAGUUCACAGAACAGCUCCUCACACAGGGUCCUCAAUUCACAAAGUCUGUGAAGUUUGCAAAAAUGAUGUUAACCGUCCUCACCAAAUAUAGCAGCCAUGUGACGGCUGCACACAAACACUCCCUGUCCUGUUGCCUGACGUCGAAUGAAACCUUCCUGAAAAAGUCUCUUCAAGCUGCUCUGAAAAGAAUAACACACACAACCUGAUAGCACUUUACUUCAAGUCCCCUUAUUAAGCAUUUAAUAAAUGGUGUUUAAUGUAGCUGUGAGCAGUUGUAUGGAUGGAUAUUUUUGUAUGGUUUGUUAAUGUAUAAUAUUUGUCAGUGUAAUCUGAAUUACUGUAUUAUAAUUUAUUAUCUGUUUAUACACAAGCCUCCACUUAUGGCUACAUUAUACUGGAUCUUUAAGCAUUUAUUACAUGUUUAUAUGAUUCUUAUAAAAGCUGAAUGUUGGGACUUGAUGGUGGGACAUGAAGUCUUUUCUGAUCUGCAUCUAACACAUGUAAAUAAACAGGUUCAAUUAA